AUUAUAGAAGAUCUCCUAGUAGACAAGCGGCCAUAUUUGCUACAAUGAGAUAACCGCGAACGUAAUUAAUUCCACUUCAUGUAAAUAGAUUCGGAAGGUAGUGGUAAUCGCGUCGAGCGAAUGGAAAAUUCAAGUAGUUUCCUUAUCGCCUCGAAGCGAAAGAAAGUAGCGCGAUCUCACCGGUGUGAUCACUCUCGAAUGUUAAUCAUCACGCUCUUGUCCCAAGGCCAAUAAUGAUAGCUCGAAGGUUACUGUUAUUACUGUUACAAAUACACUUCCUCGCACAUUACUGUUACUCAGAGAAAACUUUAAUAACGGUAUACGAUGACGUCGGUCUAACACCGAUCGAUCCAGAAAUCGCCGAUAGGAUUGAUUGGAAAAAACAUCACUGUAGACGAGUUUGCAAAGAUGGAGGACCAGCGUUGGAUUGUUAUUACACCUUCAAAAUCGAAUCUUAUCGUACAAUGAGCAAAGCCUGUUACGAUUGCCCAUUUAAUAUUACCGAUUGUUUCCGUCCUCACUGUAUACCAGCCGAUGGGAUAAAGCGUUCGGUUUUAGUGGUUAAUCGGCAGUUGCCUGGACCAGCAAUCGAGGUCUGUCAAGGUGACAGAGUAAUAGUCGAUGUGAUAAAUUUAAUGCACUCCGAGAGUACUACGAUGCAUUGGCAUGGACUGCAUCAUCACAAGACACCAUACAUGGACGGAGUACCAUACAUAUCGCAGUGCCCAAUUCCUCCGGGAUCCUCUUUUCGUUACGAUUAUAUUGCCACUGAGAUUGGAACUCAUUUUUGGCAUUCUCAUAUCGGUUUUCAACGAGGUGACGGGCUUUUUGGGCCCAUGAUCGUUCGUGCGCCACCCUCAAAAAACUGGCAUAAGGAUCUUUAUGAAGUGGAUGAAUUUACAUUGACUCUCUACGAUUGGACUCACAAUAUGGGUUCAGACAUGUUCCUUGCUCAUCAUCACUCAAACGGCGACAAUAAACCUCGUAAUUUAAUAGUUAAUAGUUUGGGACGAUAUAAAUCCAACAAUAGCGAUACAAACAGAAUUUCAACGGCAAUGCCUUUAACGACGUUUCUUGUUAAAAAAAAUUUAAGGUAUCGAUUCAGAUUAAUAAACGCUGAAUUUCUUAAUUGUCCUAUUGAAGUGUCCGUGGAUAAUCACACUCUCAUCGUCGUCAGCUCUGAUGGACGUGAUAUCGAACCGGUGGAAGCUGAAUCUUUGGUGAUUUAUGCUGGUGAGAGAUUCGAUUUUAUAGUUAAUAUGAAUCAAGAAGUUAAUAAUUAUUGGAUCCGAUUCCGUGGAUUAAUGGAUUGUGAUAAGAGAUUCCACAGUGCUUAUCAAGUCGCUAUUCUUAGAUAUGAAAAUGCUAAGGAGAUUGAUCCAGAAGGAGAAAUUUCGUACGAUCGUCCUCCAAGUCAUCUACCAGGAUUGCAAGUGAAUGCAUUAAACAAGGGUACAGAGUCGAAUAAUACUAUCAGUAUAGCUUCACUUAACGCGAUGGAUAAAAAUGACAAAACGAGUAUCAGAGAACCGGAUUAUCAAUUUUACGUGUCCUAUGAUUUUUACCCUAAGGACAAUCCGCAUUUUCAUCGGGAAGGUCUUUAUGGUUUCUAUCAAGUACGUGAUUGGUCACAACGAUUGUUCACACCGCAAUUAAAUAACAUAUCGAUGAAGUUACCAUCUUUUCCACUCAUGUCGCAAAGAGAUUUAAUUGAUCCUAAUCAAUUUUGUAACUCUAAUACCGUGAAAGGAUGCGAUAAAAACUUUUGUAGUUGUACUCACGUUCUCCAAGUAAAAUUGAACAGUGUCGUCGAAGUGAUACUUAUUGAUGAAGGUAUUACUUACGAAGCAAAUCAUCCUUUUCAUAUCCAUGGCUACCAGUUUCGCGUUGUAGCAAUGGAGAGACUAGGCAAGUAUAUCUCAGUUGAUCAUGUGAAAGAACGAGAUGCAGUCGGUAAAAUAAACAGGAAGCUCGAUCGGGCGCCAUUGAAAGAUACAGUGACCGUUCCUAAUAGCGGCUACACCAUUUUACGAUUUUAUGCAGACAAUCCAGGAUAUUGGCUAUUUCAUUGUCACAUCGAAUUCCACGCUGAAAUCGGUAUGUCCUUGGUCUUUAAAGUAGGUGAUCACGAGGACAUGGAAAAAGUUCCACGUAAUUUUCCUCGAUGUGGCGAUUGGAAACCGUCCUUCGAUGAAAACAACAAAUUAACUGAAAAUAUGGUCAUGCCACUUCCGAAAGUUGAUCCGUCAGAAAAUGACGUAAGCCAGUUGAACGAAUUACAGUCAUCUAUUAACAAAUUAAUUCCUUUGCUACUGGAAAAUAGAAGAGUAAAUUCCUCCUCAUCUACUUUUAUCAUAUCGAAAUCUUUGCCGAUCCUCUGUAUCAUUAUUUCUGUUCUUCUUAAACAAUUAUAUUCGUAGUUAUAAAUGAUUAUGUGUGUGUAUGUAUAUAUAUCUAUAUAUAUAUAUAUAUAUAUAUAUAUAUCACACAAUUCUUUGUCACUUUUCAUUAAGUAACAGAUAAUUUUUAGAAGUAUGUAAUAUUUUAACAAUCAUACAUGUGUACAUUUAUACGUUUCUACUUGGAAGAGUUACAAAUUUUAACAGUAUUCCAAAUAUGUAUAAAAGUACUUUAUCACUGUGAUAUAUUGAUUAUAAUCUAUAUCAAACUUGAAUGGCAAACAUUUUUCUCUAUUCUUAAAAAAAAAGAGGAGAAUGGAAGUAUGCUUUUGAUCGUGAUAAGCUGUAUGUAAUUUAAGCACUGAUUUAUAUUUGAUAAUGAUAUUUUAAUUACACGUCAGUAUUCGAAUGUA